AAUGCAAGCACUGUCCCAUUGAAAUUGAAUGUGAUUAGUUAACUUAUCAUCAGUCGGUUAUGGAAGCAAUCUGAUGAACCUGUGUUGUUCUGGUCUCUGGGGUUGCAUUUUUUUAAUGUUUGUUGUCUGGAAAAAGUGGUGCAACAGGUACGAACUAUAUACCUGAAUCGAAAGGUUCUUAGGAGAUACUGCAGUGCUCAUCCAUUGAUUAGAAUUUUCAUCGCAUGAACAGUUACUAUUGAUCUAUAUCUCUGAAUAUACUAUGAACACGAUGAUGAAUCUGUGAUCGAGCGGUACUAGUUCGUUCGAGGACGACUUCUCAAUUUCAAUACUUAUUCAUCAGUGUACUUCAUCGGGGGACUUCAGAUGUAAAGGACGAGCUGUGGCCGGCCUGGUCGUUUUCAUUAUCUUUGUGAGCACGAGAUAUUCGUGAGCUGCGAUCAUGGCGGAGAGCAGUGUCACCGUGACAAGAGCCAGUCUUGGACGGAAAGCCCAGCUGGGAGGCCUGUAUGAUAUCAGGACAGAGAAAUUUCUGAAUGAAACCCUAUUCGUGUCAAAACCCGAAGACAAUAUGGUGGAAACUAGGGACAUUGCCAAGACAGAGAUCGAGAUGACAGGAUCUGACAGUUUGCAGGAGAAGUGCCAGAAACUCGAUGUAGAAGAUGCACUACAGCUGAGUGUUGCAGUCGGAAUGGUAGAGCUCAGUGGUUCAGGAGCUUUCCUUAGAGACGAGCGGAGGAGUGCCAAGACCCAAAGCAAGAGUCUUAUCUACAAGCUGAGUACUGUCAACGAAGAGGUAGCAAUAAACCAGAACAGAGAUAUCAUUGACAUGGAUAUCUUAUCCGAUCCAAACACCCCUGCGACGCAUGUUGUAGUAGGUAUUGAUUGGGGGGCCCAAUGUACAGUUACGUGCGAGUAUGAGAAUAUUGAGAAUGAUGACGUUUCGGCUGUUAGGGCGGAUGUAGGUGUCGAGCUUGGAAACCUUAGGGAUAUUCUUCUUGCACAGGGAGCGACAAGUGUCUACGUUGAUGAUAGGAAGGGGGAAGUUAAAAGUGGAAGGCUUUCUUAUAAAUGUAGGGCCGACGUUUUGAUUACAAACGAAAAUAGCCCCCACACAUUCGAAGGAGCGCUUGGGCUAGCGAAGUCUUUACCCGCACUUGUGAAAAAUACUAGCGAUGGUAAUGGGGUCCCACUCAAAUACUAUCUCUUGCCUGUAGAAACUAUCAGAAAAAAGUUCAAUGUCAAGGCAACUGAAAACAUGAUGAUAUACAAGGAAGUUGACGAAUGUACAAAUCAGAAAAUUGCACUGGUCUUAGAAAAGAUAAAAGAAAGAAGCCAAAAGAUAUACGACAUAUAUCAUGACAUAAAGCUUAAUCGUGCAUUAUUGUCUGAUGAAAUCCUUAGGAGAAUUGAUAUGGUUUGGGGAGAUUCUUUGUUUGUGCAAGAAUCUCGUUUUAAAACCGAUCUCCAGGAAAUAGUUAAAAGGAUGAGAUUGGGAGAAGAUAAAUCGAGUGUCCUUGAAAAGUUCCUGAGUAAAGUGGACUCUGAAGAAUUGUCUGCUUUAAAAUACGAAGAGGAAUUUGGACCGUGCCUGAAGAAAGUCAGGGUUAUCAGGUCGAUGCUUAGCAAGGGGAUCAAAUACGUCGGUAGGAACGAUGAACUAGUUUUAUAUGCGAAAGAAAACACUUUCGUUUUCUACAUCCCCAAGGGCGCCGACGUUGAAUUUAUGGGAAAAGGUCGAGACUUAUUCAUGCGAUUGUUUUUCACUUAUUCAAAGUACGAGUUCUUUGAAUUUAUUGUUGUAGACCAAGAAACUGUAGCUACCCAUGUCUGGCUAGAUCAAGGAAAGAAGCCAGUAAUUAAGAAGUACGAAAAUGGCGUACUUACAAAAGAAGACCUGUUUGAGAAAGAGGGUGAAUUUAUCGAUGCGAGUAUGGUUCAAGUUAUAAAUCCAGAACCAAAAACUGACAUCCCGAAUGAGCGUACAUUGGUCACGCUAAGAUGUCCGAAUGCUCUAGGUGGCAACGGGCGUUGUUCUGGUGACCCAUCUAAAUGGAGAUGUUUGAAAUGCAAACGGUUUGUCGAGUAUCUCACAGCGUCUAAACUCUUUUACUGCAAAUGUGGAGUGUCAAGUCCUCAAGAUUCAAAGUUUCGUUGCAAUGACUCUCGACACGGUAUGGACUUUGUGGGAUAUCCGAAGGUCUUGCUGGAGGACGACCUUUCCCAAUUGGAAGCAAUGAAAGAGAUGAACAUCCUCAUUCUAGGUGAAACAGGAGUGGGUAAAUCCACCUGGAUCAACGGCAUUCAAAACUACUUGUCAUUUAACAGUCUACAUGAAGCAAUGAACUCAAUAGACUUUCCGGUUUUGAUUCCAUCAUCGUUCACCUUAACCCAAGAUGGUGAGCAAAGACAAAUUAAGAUAGGGAGAGACGAUUCGAAUGAGGUGCGUGAAACUGGAAAAUCAGCAACAAAGGAACCGCGGUCUUAUGUCUUCACCGUUGGCGACAGACGAGUGCGAUUGAUUGACACACCAGGAAUAGGUGAUGUAGAUGGUUAUGAGCAGGAUGAUAUCAAUAUGAAGAGUAUAUUGUCUCACCUUACAUCCUACUCUCAGAUACAUGCGAUAUGCAUACUUCUGAAGCCAAAUAAUGCAAGGCUCACUGUAGUGUUUCGAUUUUGCAUCCAAGAACUGCUUGUUCAACUGCACAAAUCAGCCAAGAACAACAUCGUGUUCUGUUUUACGAACGCUCGCCAGACUUUCUACCAGCCAGGUGAUACACUACCAGUUCUUAACGAAGAGCUUAGAAAGAAAAACGUCGGUAUUCUGGCAACGAAGGAUAAAUACUUUUGUUUCGAUAACGAACCUUUUCGAUUCCUUGCCUGCAUUAAGAACGGUAUCACGUUCGGCGAGGCAGAAAUCGCCACCUACUCGUCCAGUUGGGACAAAUCGGUGGAGGAAACAGACCGUCUCCUACAGUACGUUGAUUGUCAACUUAAGCCUCAUAGAGUGAGAGAUACUGUGGGCAUGAAUGAAGCUAGGAGAAUCAUCAUAGCAAUGAGUAAACCCUUAGCAGAAGUAGCCAAUACAAUCAAUCACAAUAUUGAUGCAGCAAGAGAAACAAAAGCUAAAAUCGCUCUUGCAGAUAAUGAAAUUAGUUCUUUGACAGCAGACCUCAAAUUCAAAGGAUACGAUAUAGAACGAGAGGAGGUAGGCUAUCCAAAGACAGUUUGCGCUGCCUCUGAGUGCGUCACCUACAUGCCUGUUGGCCGGUCAAAGGUGCACAACACAGUGUACAAGACCGUAUGCCAUUCCCACUGUCGUUUAAAGGGUGUCCCAAUCGAAACAACCGGCAAUCCAAAACUUGCUGAAUGUUGGGCCAUGACAGACGAAUACUGCCGUGAAUGUAGACACAGUUACAAGCAGCAUAUGCACCUGACCUACGAAAUCGUAAUAACAGAAAAGGAAUUCCUAUCUUCGAAGGUUCAACAUCAAAUUAAUAAAAUUCGAGACAAAAAAUCCAGGAGACAAGCAAUGGUAGAUGAAAUCAACAAAAAAGUUAAGGAACUGAAAGAAGAACAAGAAAUUAUAAUGGAAACUGGUGCCAAGUUUGGCUCUUUCCUAAAGGCAAAUGCUUUAAUCACCUACAACGAUGCCGUAGAUGAAUAUCUGGAAAUGUGCAUAAAGCAAGAAAAGGCAAAACCAGUCAGAUUCCAAAAAGAAGGUGUGCUGCAAAAUCUGGAAACAACCAAAAGAGAAUACAACAAACGGAGAGAGAUACUGGACAGCGCUCUUACAGACGGAGCCAGUGAAAAUAUCAAGACAGCGCAACAGGUUAAAGAGCUUCAGGAAGAGCUAUUUAAGCUUACACAUUUCGGACCCAAACUGGAGGAAUUCUUUGAAGAAAUUUCUGUCAUGCACACAUCAAAAACCAUGACCAACGAGGAAACAAUUGUAUCAACAACAAAGAGAGUGGCUGAACGGCAGGGGAGGCAUGAGCAUGAAAGUAGUCAGAAACCCAAAGGUUUUUUACAUGCUUUUUCUCGUUGGUUCUAUUGGCGAUAA